AUGUAUGAGUUUGAAGAUCGUCUUCACAUCAACUGCCAAAGUGACCUUCCCAAGAGUGCGCCAGCAUGUACUGCUGGAUGGACCUGCCGCGCCUCUAUCCCAUGGCGAUGGAGUGGCUCUGCUGCGCUUGAUCACCCGAGUGUACAGUACGACCAAGGAUUGAUUGACAAGAUUGUGGAACUGUGCAUGGGUCUUCCCUUGGCAGUUCUUAUGACAGGCUCAGAGCUGGAGAUAGACAAUCAUUUCCUGACUCCAGACCAGAUGGUGGACAUCUUAACCCAGAGUCGACUGGAGGCUUGUGAUGAUGACUCAGAUGGCACGCAGGUCCGCCUUGAGGCCUGGAGUAGAGACUGCAGCUACGCAGAAGAGGAACAGAUCGGGCCAGUGUACAGGAACUUUAUCAGAAGGUUGUCCGAGGUGUUCCGACAAAGACUGGCUGUGUUGGGAUAUAUCCCAGGCUCCUUCACUACUGGACAUGCUCAGCGUAUGCUGGAUGAGACCUCCCUUCAAUCUGUGAAAGACAGGACACUGUCUCCUCUGAUGCGUCGACACAUGGUGCAGUUUGAUGCACCACAACGCAGAUACAACAUCCACGGUAUCCUCAAGGACUGUCUGGAGGUGUACUUCAGCAUAGAGAACCUUACAGAUGUGCGGCGCCGCUACUGCCAGACCUUCAGUGAGGUGAUGAAUCAGCUGUCGCGGAAGCUGGGCACCAAGGACUACACUGAAGCUGUUGCUGACCUGGCCGUAGAACAUCCCAACCUUCAAAAGCUCAUGAUGGAUGUCAGGCAUUCGAACCAAGAGACAUACCCCGUCUAUAUUCAGAUGGUGGAAUCCUCUUCAGAAGUUAUUCAAAACUUUUUUGGAGGUGAGAGCUACAGAUUCUACACGAAGUGUCUCGAGCUGUGUGAGAUGUAUGACAAACCCAGAGAUGAUGCUGUAGUCAGCAGUGCUUAUGGCAGGGUACUCACUAAUGUCAAGGCAGAUUACACUGCAGGGGAGAGCAUGUACAGACGGGCGCUGGUGUUUGCUGUCAAGGACCCUGCCUCCAUCAUGAUGGCGUCACAGCUGCAUCAGAACAUGGGCUGGAACCUUCAUAUGCAAGGGAAGCGAGAAGCUGCUCUGAGACACCUGCAAGAGGCUAAGAACCACCAGAUCCAGCAGGGGAUGUUCUACCAACCUGUGGUUCUCACCACCCUGUCUGUGCUGGCCAUUGUCAACACGGCCAUCGGAAACUUUGAAGAAGGGGAGAAAUACCACAGAGAGUCGUUGAAACGAAGGAUACACCUCCACGGUGAGAACCACCCCCACAUCGGGUCUGUCUACAACAACAUGGGCAUCUUGUACCUCCAGAUGGGGGACAUUGAGAAGUCCAACUACCACUACAGGAAGGGGUUGGAAGUGAAGAGGGCAACCAAAGCCACCGCCAGCUCUAUCAUCAUCUCCCUCAACAAUGUCGCCUGCGUCGAGAUCGAGAGCAAGAACUUCGAGGCUGCUGAACAGCUUAUGCAGGAAGCCUGGGAACUGCUGGAGAAGUCUUCACAGAUCUACAAGUUUGAAGAAGGUCUCACCUUGGAGAACUAUGGCAAACUCUAUCUGGCUAUGGGUAAUUACAAGAAAGCAGUUGUCUACUUAAGUAAAACCGUGGCCAUGAGGAAAGCUGGGGCCAGUGGAUCCGUCACCCAUGUGGAGAGUCUCAUCAGCCUUGGCAAGGCCUAUCAAAGGGGAGGCAACUCAGAAAAGGCCAUGAAGGUCUUCAUGGAGGCUUUGAGCUUUAAAGAGAAUGCUGCCAUGCAGAUGCCACAGAAUAGUUUCAUAUGGGAAGGUCUGGACCAGAUGUGGACCAUCUUAGUGGAGAAGAGUGGGGAUCACUCUCAAGAUCUUGCAAAGGUUUUCUCUGAUGGGAAGAAGGAACUGUAUAGAAUUAUUAACCAUUACACGGAGAAGAGGAUAUUUGAUGAACGAAACAAAUUUGACAGAAUUUUGAAGGAGUGGAAUAAGAAGUGUCAAAAGUAUGUCUCGUGUCAGGAUACAUAGAUCAAGGAAGUCUUGACUCCAUUCCAUAACAGAGUAACUGACGUGUGUUUGUUGCUGUGUACUCUCAAAUACCUGUCGGGUGAUGUCAGUCGCCUGUGAAGAGUACAAGCUUGGUGGUAACUUCAGUAGUAAAACUAGCAAGAUUUAACUAUUCUGAAUUAUGAACUAUUGUUUGCCUGGGGUGUAGAGUGUCAUCUGUGUGUGGUGUCUGGUCUGUAUGUUGUGCCUCAUCUGUGUGUGGUGUCUCAUCUGUGUGUGGUGUCUGGUCUGUGUGU